UCUUGUGAUUGAGGGUUAAGUCUAUUCAGUAGAUAUUGUGUCUGUGUGUUUGAAGGUCUGUCUGUCUAUAGGUGUGAUUGGUUCGUCUAUAUUCUUGCUCCAGUGGAUAUUAACCAGGUGGUACUGUGAGGUGAUAGAGGGCGGGCAAAACCCCAUCGUCACCAGGAAGUCGUCCCAAUUUAUCCCAUGAGUAAAUGUCAGAUCCCUCCCUCUCUCCGCCCAGCGCUUCGCACUGAUCUCUUGAGUCCUUCCUCUCUGCUCGAUUCCCACCCAGAUUAAAGGGGCGCUGUGAUUCUACGGUCGGGAACGGCAACUUUGGCACUCGGGCUUUCUUUUCCUCUAUGGCAGGACUCGAAUGGGACUGGUUUCAACGAGAGGAGCUGAUCGGUCACAUCAGCGACAUUAGAGUGCAAAAUCUCCAGGUUGAAAGAGUGAGCACGCAGAAGAGAACGUUUACCCGAUGGAUCAACUUUCACUUGGACAGGUGCAAUCCGCCCCUGGAGGUGAAGGAUUUGUUUCAAGACAUGAAAGAUGGGAAGAUCCUGAUGGCGCUGCUGGAAGUGUUGUCUGGGCAAAGACUGAUGCAGCAUUACAAACAUUCAAUGCAUCGGAUUUUCCGGCUGAACAACAUUGCAAAGGCCCUGCAGUUUUUAGAGGAAGGAUAUGUGAAGCUGGUUAGCAUCGAUGCCCCGGAGAUUGCAAAUGGCAACCCUUCCAUGAUCCUUGGCUUAAUCUGGAAUAUCAUUCUCCAUUUCCAGAUAAAGGAAGCGACUGGACACCUGAAGAUCUUCUCUCCCACAUCCAGCCUGUCUUCCUUGCACAGUGGGAGUGAUAAUGACCUGAUGUUACACUGCACUUCUAAGGAAACAACCCCUUCAGCUCCAUACAAGGACCAGAGGAAGGUUAUUAAAGUUCUCCUGAAUUGGGUGCAGAGGAGGACUGCAAAGUAUGGUGUAGCCAUCCAGGACUUUGGUACCAGUUGGCGGAGUGGCAUUGCGUUCCUGGCUCUCAUCAAAGCAAUUGACCCUGGCUUAGUGGACAUGAGAAAAGCUAUGGAGAGACAAAACAAGGUCAAUCUGGAAGAUGCUUUCAAAAUAGCGCACGUCAACCUCGACAUCCCACCGCUUUUAGAACCUGAAGAUGUGGACGUUGAACAUCCAGAAGAACAGUCCAUUACCACUUAUGUGUCGCAGUUUCUGGAACACUUCCCUGACAUCGAUGAGAACAAUGCUGCAGAAGAUGCGUAUGAAUCUCCAUUUGAAGACUCUCAUGUCGAGUCUGCAGCCAUGUCCUCAGAUCUUGGUGCACGGAAUUCCCAUAAGAUGCACAUUGAGGAUAUACAUCAUGCUUUAGAGAAUAGCUCACCGGCCCUACAGGACCCUGAGGUCCUUGUUCGCUCACAUCUAAAAGAUGAGAAACUUAGUCCACAAAAUAUCCCAGUAAAAGACAAUCAGCCAUUACAUAAAGAAGAUGAUUAUUCUCUUGUCAUCCAGGAUAGUGGUUCUGUUGAAAGAGAAAUGGUUACCACUCCCUUUAUCGAUGUUUCCAAUAUCAAUAACUCAAAUACAUCCUUACAUCAAGAUAGUCAGUCAACAUCUUCUGAUCUGCACAAUGGAUCCUUGAAACCUGCCUCUGACGCCAAUGCUACUGACACAGUAGAAGAGAUUUAUGUCUUGCUACGCCCAGUGAAGAGAAAGUCUUCAACGGGUGAGAAAAUAAUGGUCUCAGAGAAGGAGCCUUCCUCUCCAGUCCCUUAUGAUCAUUAUUCACCAGUUGCAGCAGAUGAUGUGUUGAAAGUUGGGUCCAGAGUUGAAAUACCUCAGUCUUUUGCAAAAGAUCUAUGUGACUCCUCCUUGGAAAUCUCCACAGAAAAGGAAAACACAUGCUCAUGUAAUACAUUGCAUGAAGAUCCCAAUGAUCCACAAGAUCAGUAUCUUUCUUUAUAUCAUGUAGGCAAUCAAACUAGUGCCAGUAUGCCUUCUCGCAGUCGGAAUAUUUCAGAAUUAUGUACACAGACUGAUGAAAAGCCAUCUCGUGAAACGAAUGAGCUAUUGCCUUCAGUCAUAAAUAAUGCCUUUUUGGAUGAUGAAAAGGUGUCUGUAAUUCCGCUUAAUCUUGUUUACUAUCCCCAUUAUGAGGUACCUGUAUCUAAGGUACUUGAAGCUUUCUCAGUCACUGGUAGUCCUCAAAAGGAACUUGUUCCGGAGUUUCAACACCAUAAAGAUUUGUCGCCACUUGAUGAUGAAGCUUACCAGUCUUGUUCUGAGCUGAGUAAUUCACUUUCACUGCAAGAGCUUAGUCCAACAUUCUCUGAAAAGACUUUGUGCACUCCUAACUCUGAUCAGAUUUACACCUUAAAUAAUUUGAAUCAUCCUGAAGCUGGUGAGAAUGCUCAAGCAUUUUCUUCUUUCCAAGGAACUGAGCUGUCCCAGUUUAUACCAGUAGCAAUCCCAAGUGCUCCCAGUGAACGCAUUCUGACAUCUAUUGAUAAACUGCCUGAACAGCCUGUCUUGGAAGCUAUGAAUGAACAGCUAGAAGAUAAAUUUUCAGUGAAAAAGUAUGGAGAUCUUCAGAUGCCCAAGAGAGAACAUGAAAAAGAUCAAGAGAAAAACAGUGCAGGCACAGAGGUACUAGGAGACCAGCUUUUGGAUUUGCUGCCAAGUGUAAUGGGUCCAAAAGAGACUGGAGAAGAUGUAGGGAGUUAUGAUAAUGGUUCAGAGCUGCCAACUGAUACCAUAGACAAGCAACACAUAAUCCUGCAAAGUACUGCGAUUUCAAGCUCAACCACUUUAGUAAAUACUGAAAACCUGCGAGAGAAAAACAUUUAUGAUGUUCUCAACAGCCAUAAAUAUCACAACCAAGAGUCACUCCUGAAAGCAGUGGAUGAACGAUGUUCAAGUGAUUCAGAUCAACACGCAAGUAACCAAGAUAAUGUGGAAUUGUUGGUGCAACCAACAGAACUAGUUCAGGAUGAGCACUGUCCUGAUCCCAAGAUAUCAUCAUUGACUGGACAAGAUGAGACUCAGCAAAAGGUAUCUGAGAGUCUGCUAUUGAAUGAGGCAAAAAUUACAGAUGAAACACACCUCCGAACAAGAUUAGCCCCACAAUCCGACAAUGCAAGUGUAUUGGAAGCAAUGUGGCACCCAGCUGCCAUUGUUAUUCAUGAUAAGGCGCCUCCAGGAUCCCCUGAUCAUCCUCAACUACCGUACCUGAUUCUUCUUCUCUGGAUGGUAGUAUACUGGCUGAUCAUCCUUCUGCAUCUCGACAUGGAGUCUCUGGGCCAGUUCACAUCCAGUUGAUGAUAUCAAAUGGGUUAAAAUUAUUUCUCUGCUUUACGUUUGCUGACUAGCUUUGUAUUGUUGAGUUUUAUUUUUAAGCUAAAUGUGAUUCUGGAAUUUUUCUGACAUCCCACUUUAAAUGGUAAAAUCCCAAAGUUCCAAUGUCUUUAACAAAUAAAGGGUAAUGGCCAGUUUGCACGAUUGUAUGAACUGGGUAUAAACCCGAGAAAUCGUUUUGUUCCAUUAAUCUGGAUUGUUUGAUUUAAAAGAGAUGACCUGAUGAGGACUAGUUACAGAUUAAGUAAAUUCAUUUGGGCAUGUGCAAAUCUUCAAAGGAAUGGCAAACAUAUCACAGACCUUCUAUGUGUGCACAGUAGGGUAUGAGUUUCAAGUCAAUAUAAGCUUCCUGUGAAUGGUAUGACAACAAGGAACAAUUUUUUUUAUAUCUUUUUAUAUAUUAUAUAUAAAAAUGAAGCCUUUUUCAUAUUUUACUUUUCUGGCUGGAUAAUGCUUUUUCAUCAAUAAGCUUCAGUGCGACAUGUUAUGUUAAUGCAAAAAUUGAGAAUAGAAAACAAGGGAAUGUAAAUAGAUUAAAACAACAUGUUACUCAAGGUAACAAAAUAAAGGCUUGAGAUUUAAACACAAAGACAAAUGAGAUGGGAAUGUAAGGUAUGAAUCCUGUGAUCCUGCACUUCCAAUAGAGAGAGGCUGGACAAUCAAUGCUGUACCCCUAGCCCCAAUCUGCACUCCUGCUGAAUGAGACUUUCCCCACUGGGUGUGCAAGAUUGAUGAAUCAGCCUAUAUUUUGUGCAAUAAGAUGAUAUUGGUAAAAUACACCCAGGCUGAUGUGCCAAGUUUUAAUGGUUUUGGUUUCAAACUCUGUAAGUUGGCUCCCUAUCGCCUGGACUAAUUUGGAAGGUCAGUUCACAAUCUGCUUCCAAUCCUUCACUGACUACACUUUAUAAACUUUUACUAGGAAGUGGACCAGGUUAUCACCGCCCUAUCAGCCCCAUCAUUGAGGUAUGUUGAAUAAAGUACCAUGGCUACUUGUCAUCCUCCUACUAACCUGCAGUGGUAGAUGUUUGCACAACAUGAUGCAUCUUGAAACAUUCACAAUAUUUUAUUUAAAUGCAGAAUUUUCUCCCAUCUCCUGCAUAAUCAUAUUUAGAGAAGUAUUCAUUAUUUAUCUGCUGUAGGUCCUGUGAUCCUGAUGGGUACUAAAUAAUGUUGGAAUAGAAACUCAUAAGCCAAAGACUGGAAAUCUGACACAAAGACUUGGCAGACUUUGUGCUGCUUUAUCUCUCUGUAUUUUCUUUCUCUUUCAGCCAGAUUAUGAAACUGCACUUAAAAUGAUGCUUUAAACUGCCACUGAAAGUAGAGGCUGGGCCUUAACUGUUUCUACAACUUGUGUAUAGGGGCUGCACUUCAUUGAUUGUGUGUGUGUUUUAUUCUUAGUAAAUUGAACUAAUUCUUGGCUAGUUAAACUGUUGGAGUUCAACCUUACGAUUGAAGAGUUUACCCCUUCUCCCGAUAAAGUAGAAACUUCAGCUGAACUAAAUUCCACAACUGCUGCCAGUACUAUUAUGAAAUCUUGUGCAGAAACAUAUAAUGAGUGUGGCAGCAGAUGCAACUAUGAGUACAUCAUGAUCCAGUCUGAUCCUGUCCACACAAGGGCCUGAAAGCAGGAACCAUUGGUUAGUGACCAGGAACAGGAAACUUUAUUUGUCUACGGAGGCAAACCACAACUAACUGCGGUAUCCCCACUGCCAUUUUGUUGAAUUCCACUCAUUCAACAUAAACCAGAAUGGUACAGUGCUACAAUGCCCAGAACACUUACAGUAUAGUAUGACGGUAUUCUCAGAUCCAUAAUAUUUAUUUAAUCUGGCUUCUUUCCCACCCCCCACCGCCUUCCUCAAAAAAUCUCUGGUUAUAAUGCAAUCAGGAAUAUGCUGUUCCACACUGCUCAUCUGAGUAUUACCUCAGUUAGUUAAUACUUUGUACUAUCAGAUUACUUUAACAAACCUAUAAGUACUCCCUGACAGUCACAGCAAGGAAGGUAACCCAAUGUUGCAAAUUAGAAUGCCUUCUACACCAUUUUGUGGUAUUCUGUAAAUGAGAAAGAAAGGGCAAUUUAUACAGAAGUUACAAUUUAAGUAUUUCCCUUCAUCCGUAGAUUCUCUGUUUAAGACCAGGCUGGACAGCACCCCUGAGGUUUAGUAGGUAAAUGCUUAGUUAGGUGUAAGACUGAGACAAACACAUAGAAGGUUCAGGUGUGCUCUGCAGUCUGUACUAAGUUACAGAGUCAUACAGUUACACAGCACAGAAACAGGCCCUUCAGCCCAUCGUGUCCACACCAGCCAUCAAGCACCUAUUUAUUCUAAUCCCAUUUUUCAGCACUUGGCCCAUAGCCCUGUAUGCAAUGGCUUUCAAGUGCUCAUCUUCUUAAAUACUGUGAUGGGUGAAAUAAAUUUUCCUCAAAUCCCCUCUAAACCUCCUGCCCCUUGUCUUAAAUCUAUGCCCCCUAAUUAUUGACACCUCUGCUAAGGGAAAAAGUUUCUUCCUAUCUAUGCCCCUCAUAAUUUUGUAUACCUCUAUCAGGUUCCCCCUUCAGCCUUCUCUGCAUUAUGGAAACUAAGUUAGUUAGCUUCAGUCAAGAUAGCAGUAGGACUUUGUUACCCUGAUUAAUAAAGGAGACAAAUCUGUCUGGGUUCUUGCUCCUUCUCUUUAUCCAGUGACCCCCUGCUGCUGUAACAUGUACAUGACAAUUAGGUGAGGACAGGGUGAGGUUGGACCCUGAUGUUCCCAUAUUCUUGUACUUUGUUGCAGCUCCUUGUCUAGGCUUACACUCCUGCUCCUCCUGGCCCCAAAAAUAUAACUAGAAACUUUAAUCUGUUGGAGCCUCCCCAUAAAUAUAACUGAUCAGAAAGAGUGUGAUGCAGGCUCCAACCAGUUCUGGCAAAAUGGUAAUUGGAACCCUAUGUAUACCGUAGGAUUAUGAUUUAUGUAUUAAAAUGGACCUAACUCCUGAAACAGACAAGUGCAUUGGUUUCUGCCGUUAUGCCACUGUAGAAAUGGUGGCAGCUGAUCAUUGGUACAAAUGGCCAGUAAGUCUGCCAACCUCAUUUUGAAGCCACUGUGGUCCAAUUAACACUGAUUUUGCCAACUUGAAAGUUUUCUAUGAUCUGGUUUUCCUGUGAGGCCUCCUGUGGUCAAAUAGCCUAUCUAAAAUCAUCAUCUGGCGUCAUAUGUGAAUAUUGAGGUGGGCACCUGUGGUACUGUACCAGUAAGAAUCAUCACCUUCAACUAAGGAUGGUGGGGCAAAAAAUUGUGAAAAAAGGGAUUGUUUGUCUUGGGCUGGAAUUGAGCACCACAGGCCCGUUUUGCUGUGCUGCAGAUAUUUGAGAUUUAUAUAGACACAGUAAAAUUCUUAAGCUAAUUUAUAGGAAUACUGGCAGGUCCAGUCAUCAGUAGCUCCAUAUGACUUAAAAUACAGUAAGAUUAAUUGAUUUGUACAGGAAAAACAAAAACUGUGCCUUUUUGGAAACUUUUUAAUGUUUAAGUAAUGACGUUAUGAUGGUUACCCAUCAGUACUGAGGUACCCCAUGUUGCCCUUUGCUGGGAGAGUGGAACUCCGCUACUCCAGAAACACACCUGCAGAGAUUGCCUGUAUUGUGUUCCUGUUGCAGAUAGAAUUUGGGUGUCUUUGGCCUUUGGACCCUCUAUAUCACUCGAGGACACUUGCUUAGGAGCACAAAGCACGAUAGCGGUUAGGAUUAUAUGAUUCUUGAAAUGAAAGUCUUUUCACAAUGUUAAUAUUUCUACGAAAUGGUGUAUAUUUUCUGUCAAAGUUUGGGAACUUCUGUAAAACAUAGUUUGUGUGAAUAAAAGUUAUUUCAAACAAUAA